AUGUCAUUGAUACUCGAGACACCUGAGCGUAUCUUUGAUAUGUUCAAAGAAAAGUUGCCCCUUGAUUCGCAAUUGAUUGACAAGGCGGUUGCACUUCCUAAUACACUGGAGAAGGGUUAUUCACCAAUUUACAGAAACAAGUACAGUUCUGAUCAUUUAAUUACCAAAUUACACCCUUCUUUGGAUACCUUGUAUUCGUUGUUUGAGUUUGGUUACAAUUUUAGCAAGCACCAGAAUGCUUUUGGAGUAAGAGAGAAAUUGCCUGAUGGGAAAUUUGGCAAAUACCAAUGGCAAGACUACCACACAAUUAGACAAAGAAGAAACAAUUUGGGUUCAGGCAUCUUUUUUGUAUUAGAAAACAACCCAUUCAGAACCAAUAGUGAGGUUCAUCAGAAUUUAGACUAUAAUCCAGCUAGAGAAGGCGAUUCAUUCAUUUUGAGUAUAUUCAGUCACAACCGACCAGAAUGGGCUUUAGCCGAUUUAACAUCCAUUGCCUACUCCAUCACCAAUACAGCUUUGUAUGACACAUUGGGUCCAACCACAAGUCAAUACAUCUUGGAGUUGACUGAAUCGCCAAUUGUUUUGUGCUCCAAAGAGAAAAUUGCCAAAUUGAUUGAAUUGAAAAAGGGAAGCACCAAUUUGGUGAAUUUGAUUGUGAUCAUUUCUAUGGAUAAGUUGGAAGGUCCAGAAAAUGCUAGGUUAAAAAACCUUGCAGCUGCGAAUCAAAUUGCAUUGUUUGACAUCGAGCACGUUGAAAAGCUUGGAGAAGCCAACCCAUUGGCACCUAUCCCACCCACUCCAGACACCAAAUUCACAAUAUCAUUCACCUCGGGAACCACUGGAGCUAAUCCAAAGGGAGUUGUGUUGACUCAUGAAAAUGCCGUGUCGGGAUUAGUUUUCAGAUAUGGUAGAGGUUUCAACCCUGGAGGAACAAGAUUGUAUUCUUUUUUACCAAUGGCUCAUAUUUACGAAAGAGCUAAUAUCCAAUUUGCAUUGAGUGCUGGAGCCGAAAUUGGUUUUCCACAGGGAAAGUCGCCGUUGACCAUGCUUGAUGAUGUCAGAGAAUUGCAACCAACGUCCCUUGCAACCGUGCCACGAAUUUUGUCAAAACUAGAAGCUGGAAUCAAAGCAAAUACAAUCAACAACGAUGAAAAACCCAUAGUCAAAUAUCUUUACACUAAGGCAAUUAGUGAGAAAUUAAGGCUUCAAUCACAAGCAAGCGAGAAGGAUGCCAAUGCUAGUCAUUUGUUUUACGAUGUGUUGCUCAAUGCGUUGAGAAAGAAGAUGGGUUUGGGAAGUGUUAAAGUGAUGUCCACUGGGUCAUCGCCAGUUAGUCCAGAAACAAUCAGGUUUGUGAAAGCAGCAUUGAAUGUUGGAAUCUCCAAUGGUUAUGGAUCAACUGAGUCGUUUGCCGGGUUCGUGAGUAGUAAACAGUUUGAUCACAACCCUGGAUCCAUUGGUGUGAUUGGAAUAACUGCCGAGUGCAGGUUGAGGGACAUUCCGGAGAUGAACUACACGUCGAAAGAUGAGGGAGGUCCAAGAGGGGAAUUGUUAUUGCGUGGACCGCAAAUCUUCAAAGAAUACUACAAGAACCCAGAAGCCACUGCGGAAGCAUUUGACAAAGAUGGAUGGUUCUGUACUGGGGAUGUUGCAAGAAUUGACACAACACGCAACAAUCAAUUGUAUGUUAUUGAUCGUGUAAAGAACUUUUUCAAGUUGGCACAAGGAGAGUUUGUUACUCCUGAAAAAAUCGAAAACACCUAUUUGGCAGCGAACCCCCACAUACAACAAAUUUUUGUCCAUGGAAAUUCACUUGAGUCUUAUCUCGUUGGUAUUGUUGGUUUGGAUCCAGUAACAAUUGGUGGCUACUUGAAAGCUAGAUUCCAUGACGAGAUUACCGACAGGAAUGAUAUUCUCCGUUUCUUGAAUGACUCAAGAAACAAAAAAACGUUUCUUUUGGAUCUCAAUGCUGCUGUGAAGGAUCAAUUGCAAGGUUUUGAAAGAUUGCACAAUGUGGAGAUUUACUUUGAGCCAUUAACAGUUGAAAGAGAAGUUGUUACACCAACGCAAAAAAUUAGAAGACCUAUUUGCACCAAAUUUUUUGAAGAAAAUUUGAACAAGAUGUAUCAGGAAGGAUCCAUUUUGAGAAAUGAGAAAUUAUAG